AUGAGUACGUUUUAGCGAUGUUCCUGGUGUGCUGGCUGCAGCUCAGGUUGAACGGACUCGCUUUUCGAGCGUCGAGUUCGUCGAGGUGUGGUGUCGAACAGCCCUUAGCGCCUCUCACUUCCCUGUCAAGUCUCAUCAUCUAGGCUAGUUCAGGGUUCAAGCAGUAACUUUUCGUGGACUUGCGCCAUCAUCAAGCCGAUAUUCUCACCUGCCUUGCGUCUGCCUAUUCAUCCCACCGCCCACAUAUCUACUCCCUUCUCCCCCUCUCACCAUGUCCGCGCCAAACGACUCCCCCGCCCACCACCGCCACCCCGUCAACUCCACGACACCCGCGAAUCCGCCUGUUGCAGGCGAGGCCACCGCUGCCCACCCUCCUGCCGGCAAGCCAGACCCCACCCUCGAGAGCAAUGCCUCCCAAAGAAGGCUCUCCGCCCCCGGUCCCUCCGCCUCCGCCGAACUCUCCAGUCUUAAAGUAAAGCUCAAGGGCGCGCUGCGCCAGUUCCCCGACUUCCCCGCGCCCGGUAUCUUGUUUGAGGACAUUCUGCCCAUCUUCGCGGACCCCAGCUUGUUCGAGGCGCUGAUCCACGCGCUCGAGCUGCACAUUAAGCAGACCUUCACCGAGAAGCCGGACGUCAUUGUUGGCCUCGAUGCGCGCGGCUUCCUCUUUGGCCCGACUCUGGCGCUGCGACUGGGCGCUGCGUUCGUGCCUGUUCGCAAGAGGGGCAAGCUCCCGGGUCCCUGCGAGACCGCUGAGUACAUGAAGGAGUAUGGUGCGGAUUUCUUCCAGAUGCAGGCCGACGCUGUGAAGCCGGGGCAGAAGGUGCUGAUUGUUGAUGACAUCAUUGCGACUGGUGGCUCCGCAUCCGCAGCCGGUUCGCUCGUCGAAAAGCUCGGCGGCAAGGUUCUCGAGUACGUUUUCAUCCUCGAACUCGACUUCCUCAAGGGCCGCGAUAAGCUCAACGCGCCCGUUUACACGUUACUCUCUGGCCAAGAGGAGAAACUUGGCAGCAGCUAAGAUUCCAAAUACAUAUAUCACGCUAUAGACGAAGGGAUAGGGGUUACAUGGGAAGGCGUUCGCAGGUUCAGGGCACGGGUUGGAAAAGGUCCUGUGCCCAUUCAACAUUUUAUGCAUCCAUGGAUGGAUGUGAAUCUACACGCUCCGCUUCGUUGAGCAGUAUUGCCAAGUCUGCUGCGGAGAACAGUAUAUACCAACAUCAUGUUACGAGAACAUUCCAUCAUCGCAGUACCUUCCUGUUCGACCAUUCUACGACACAGAAAAAUUAUUUUGUAUUACCCCUCCAUCUGACAGCACGCUAGCAUGAUCACGACAGGGAUGGCCCGGUCAUCGACACUUUCCUCCACAUUCGGCAGCCCCACUGGCCCUGUCGACCUCCAGACGGGUGUCAACAACAAACGCGCAGAUUAUAUCGCAUACAUUCUACACGUUUACACUCAUCCAUGGGUGUAACUACUUUUGCUCAAU